CCUACUGACGGUCCACCUCACUGGACAUUCCCACCCGCCUUAGACUUAUGUCUCCACAACCUCUAUGAUACCGUGCUUUCCCAUUUUUGUUUCGUAUAGAUUUUGUUCCAGGUGGUUUUCUAGCUUCCUUUACCGAGCGUUUCUUGCAGCAUGUCUGAAAGCUAUUCUCGGGGACGCUCUCGAGCCCGCUUACUACCCUUUGACCGGACCACACCCCUGCAACGUUCUGUGUCCCCUCGCUCAGAGUCAAGAUGUACCUCUCGAAGCCAUUCUGUCGAGCGUGGAGCUGUCCGUCGCAAUGGUCACCCUUCCAGAAGCUGGUCGCGGUCUCCAUCGCAGCAUAGGGUGUUAUCUCGUAGUGGAAGCCGAAGCGAGACCUCCAGACGCCACAAAAAACGAGAGUAUAGUCGGACCCCAAGCCCAUCUGCAAAUACUUCGAGAAGUUCAAAGAUAGUUGUCGAGAAGUUAACCAAAAAUGUUACCGAAUCGCACCUUCGGGAAAUAUUUGGUGGUUUUGGUGACAUACAAAGUCUUGAUCUUCCUAUGAAUAAAGCUUUCAUGAUGAACAGGGGCACUGCAUACAUACACUACCACGAUCCUGCGGACGCAGAAGCGGCUAUCGCGCACAUGCAUGAAGCACAACUAGACGGUGCUGUUUUGAACGUGUCUAUUGUCCUUCCCAGACGAGCAUUUUCGCGCUCGCCGCCACCCGUCCAGAACAGUAGAGGAAGCCUUAGCCGACAGGGACAUGGUCGUGGACCUCCGUUGGAAAGCCGCGCUUCCCAUGCCUCUCCGUAUAUGCACAGAUCGACGCCUCCUAGACGGUACCGCCGUCCUCGGCAUAUGGAGGGACAUGACAUUUAUAGGCCGCGGUCUCUAUCCCGCUCUAGAUCGCCACGUCGCUCUCGAUCCACCUCUUCAAAGUCUCUUUCAGCGUCUCCACCGAGAAGGAGGGGAUAUGAUGCCCGUCGACGCCGUCGCCGCAGUCCUAGCUACAGCAGCUACGGUUAUAGCAGUCGCAGCGAUAGGGACCGGAGUUUGAGUCCAAGUAGAGAUCAUCAUUGACACGAUCUGCGCUGAAACCGGGCUCUUCCUGUCAAUAGGAGAUUCAGGACAAUAUGCCGUAAUGAAGAGUGUUCCGUUUUUCUUAAAUCCCAAAUGCACGGGACUGUAACGGUGGAGUACAAGCCAUUGGAACGCUACAUCCAUAAAUAAUAUUGCAAGAUUGACACAGAAUCAUUGGUGUAAUGUUGUGUAGGGCAUUCGAGAAAUCUAUUGAACGCUUUCUUACUCCGUAUCUUGAGUGCCUCGGGCAUAACGUUUCCUUCCAUCCCGCAUCAUUUCCCUUCUUUCUUCUUCUGUUCUUCCUUUUAUCAAAGAUAGGAUAUGAAAGGAAGGACUGCCCC